GCCAGGCGGGGUCGCUCUAGGCCGGGAGCGGGGCCCGGUGUCUAUGGUGCUGGCGGACCGAGGCGCUCGGCGGCCGGAUCGUGCCUGGCCCCGGGGGGCGGCCGGAGCCAUGAGCGUGGACAAGGCCGAGCUCUGCGGGUCCCUGCUCACCUGGCUGCAGACCUUCCACGUCUCAUCUCCGUGCCAUACCUACCAGGAUCUGACUAGCGGGGUCCCCAUUGCCCAGGUCCUGCACAGGAUAGACUCCUCUUGGUUCAAUGAGACCUGGCUGCUGCGGAUCAAAGAUGACACCAGUGACAACUGGAGGCUCAAGGUGAGCAACCUGAAAAAGAUCCUGCAGAGCGUGCUGGAGUACUCCCAAGAUGUCUUGGGUCACCAGAUCUCAGAGCGUCACCUGCCAGACGUCAACCUGAUCGGGGAGUUCUCGGACACCUCAGAGCUGGGCAAGCUGCUGCAGCUGGUGCUGGGGUGUGCCAUCAGCUGUGAGAAGAAGCAAGAGCACAUCCAGCAGAUCAUGACCUUGGAGGAGUCCGUCCAGCACGUGGUUAUGGCUGCCAUUCAGGAGCUGAUGACCAAGGACCCGCUGGACACGCUGGCCUCCGAGACGUACGGCAACUUCGAUAGCCAGUCCCGGAAGUACUAUUUCCUCAGCGAGGACCUGGAGGAGCCGGAUGACAUGCAGCAGCGCUGCCAGGAACUGGAGCAACAGAUCUCCCUCCUGGUGGAAGAGAAAAACACCCUGAUCCUGGAGAACAAGACCCUGAAGGAGCAGAAGAACCGGCUGGAGUCAGAUACAGGUGGCAAGAAACUGCUCUUGCUGCAGGCUCAGAUCACGCAGCUGCAGGAGGAAACUUUCAGGCUGGAGAGCGGGAAGGAGGACUUCCGCACACGCUGUGAGGAGCUGGAGAGGGAGGUGCAGGAGCUGCAGCAUCGGAACGAGGCACUGAGCAGCCUGGCCGAGGAGGCCCAGGCCCUGAAGGACGAGAUGGAUGUGCUGAGGCACUCGUCGGACAAGGUGGGCAAGCUGGAGGCCGCGGUGGCCACGUACAAGAAGAAGCUGGAGGACUUGGGCGACCUGCGGCGGCAGGUGCGGCUGCUGGAGGAGCGGAACACGGUCUACAUGCAGCGCACCUGCAAGCUGGAGGAGGAGCUGCACAAGGCCAAUGCCGUCCGCUCCCAGCUGGAGACCCACAGGAGACAGGUGCACGAGCUGCACAGCAAACACUCGGAGGAGGCCUUGAAGGCCGAGAAGUGGCAGUUUGAGUUCAGGAACCUCAAGGAGAAGUUCGAGGCGCUGGUGAAGGAGAAGGAGCGCCUGAUUGAGGAGCGGCACUCCCUCCGCGAGGCCAACGAGGAGCUCAGAUGCAUCCAAGUGCAGCAGACGUACCUGAGCCAAGCAGAUGCCUUGCUGGACGGAGUCUCUUCUCCCAUGGACAACCUGGCCGCUGAAAUCUUGCCGACUGAACUCAAGGAGACCAUCGUGCGCCUGCAGCACGAGAACAAGAUGCUGUGCGUGCAGGAGGCGACGUACCAGCAGCAGCUGGCCGAGCUGCAGGGGCAGCUGGAGGAGUCCAACCGCACCAAGAACCGGCUGGAGACCCAGCAGAGGUUGCACCAGCAGCAGAUCUCGGAGCUGAAGGCCCAGGUGGAGGAGCUCCAGAAGGCCCUGCAGGAGCAGGGCACCAAGGCAGAGGAUUCCUGCCUGCUGAAGAGGAAGCUGGAAGAGCACCUGGAGAAGCUGCACCAGGCCCACUCGGAGCUGCAGAAGAAGCGGGAAUACAUUGAGGACUUGGAGCCCAAAGUGGACAGCACAAACGCCAGGAAGAUCAACGAGCUGCAGGAGUGUCUGAAGAAGAAGGACGAGGACAUGAAGGCCAUGGAGGAGCGGUACAAGCGCUAUAUGGACAAGGCCUGCACGGUCAUUAAGACGCUGCACCCCAAGCAGCAGCCAUCCAAGGCCCCCCCCGAGAUCCAGGCCUUAAAGAACCAGUUGCAGGAGAAGGAGGUGAAGAUCCAUCACCUGGAGACCAACUUGGAGAAAACGAGAUCCCAGCGGGAGCAGGAAGAGAAGCUGAUCAUCAGCGCCUGGUACAAUACGGGCAUGGCGCUCCACCAGCAAGCCACGGAGGAGCGAUCGGCCACCUCCAGCAGCGCCCAGUCCUUCCUGGCCCAGCAGCGCCAGGCCACCAACGCCCGCAGGGGGCAUCUGGGGCGGACCCAGCCCCUGCUGGCCAAGUACGGAGACAAGCCCCCACAGCUGCACUGACCGGAGCCCCUCCCACUCCCACCCCCCUCCAUGGCUGCGUGGGGUUGGGGGGGGGUCUUGGAACUGGAGCUCCUUGCCCAUUGCUGCCCUGUGGCACCCACCCCCAGUGGUGCCAUCUGUCACUUGCAGGGGGGGGAAUGGAGUCAGCAAGGGGCUAACUCUGCCUCUGCCCUCCCCCAGAGAUGUGGUAGAACGACCUACGCUGCUGGGGGGAGUGGAUCUGCCCGUGAUCUUGCGGGGGGGAGACACCCUGCUGCAAGCCCCCAUUCCUUUGCACUACUAGAAUGCUGGGGGGGGAGCAAGCAGGGGGAUCAGCCAGGACCCUCCCUGAGCCUCAGCCCCUAACCAGUGCCCCUGACCCCACACACACACUCCCCCAUGCUCCCUGGGCUGGUCCCUUUGAGCACCAGCAUGGAGCUGAUCCCUUCCCUUCGCUCCCCCCUCUGAAAGAACCCCCCUGAAUUUUAACCCCUUCUUGGCCACUCUCCUGAGCGCAGCUGGCGGUCAACCUCUGUGGCCAUGCCAGCUGGGGGGGCGCUGGCUCGUGUUCGGGGCAUACGUGGCAACACAGCUGAACUCCUCUCCAGGGCUGAGCCACGGUGGGCGCCGGUGCGGCUGGGGGCAUUGAACGCCAGGAGGUCUCUGCCAGCACCACAGCUCCUGCGCUCAUGGCUGGUCCCAUCAGUGUCGGGGGCUGGGCAGAUUCUGCUGCUUCAUGCCACCCAGCCAGUGCCCAUGGGUGAGGGGAGAUGGCUUGCAGCCUCUGGGCUGGGGUCUGCCCCCUUCAUAAUUCCCUGCUGGAGCCUCUGACUUGCUGUGCCAGCCACCCCCUUCCCGGCAUCUUCACACACCAUGACUCUUCCCCACUUCCUUGUCCGUUUCCUAGCUGCUGUGGCAUCAGGUGUCACCUGUUCCCAGGCUUCACUUUGGGGAUCUUGGAUCCCUGUUGCCUGGGUUCUGCUCCGUUCCCUGCCCUCCAACAGAACUGGCCAGCCAGGGGCCUGGGCUGAGAGGCUAAAGCUACCGGCAAGGAGAUGCUUCAAACCUCUCCUUCAACACUAAAGCAAGGCAGGUCCCAGAGUCGGUCACUACAGCCUGUUGCAACCCCCCCCGCCUCUUGUUCUCCGGCACUGGGGGUUUCUGUAGCCGUUCUCAGAGGCCGGGUCUAGCAGCAUCUUUUGGUUUUAAAGUGAUCUGCUGUAUUUUUACCUCUGCUCUGUGUGGGUUGAAGUGCAUUGAGUUUUAUUUUUAAGUGGCGGGGGGUCCAGAUUGCGCUGAGCCCCCCUCUUUUUUUUUCUUUUCAUUUUAGAAUAUGAUUUUAGGCAAACGCUGCUGGGGUUUUAAAGACGCAAACUGUAUAUUUUGUAAAACUGACGGGGGUAGCGAUGAGGGGUUCUGUGGGUCUGGGCCCCGUGUCUUUUAUUUUUCUACUCUAGGGCAGCCUGCAAUGGCGCACGGGGGCAUCUUGGCUCCUGUGCAGAAUCUUUACACUACCAAUAAAGAUGCUAGAAUCGUU